CGUACCGAGACACAUUGGAGCUGGAAUACAGUCACUUGGGACUCGAUUAUGUCUAGAUUUCUGCUUAAUUUAUCAAAGACAAGGUUAUUUAUUUUCCAGCGUGAGGUCUACAGUUAUAUUUAUUAAUGCUGUCACGGUAGCAUUUCGUAUUUUUAGGCACAUAGAUAGACAUAUAGCCUCAUAAGCCUAUUUAUUAUUGCGCUGCCAACCCUUGUUUCUGUCCUGUGUCAAUGAUUGUCCUACCCUCACGCUCAUGGCGGAGACUAAAAUAAUAUAUCACAUUGACGAGGAGGAGACUCCUUAUCUUGUGAAAUUAUCCGUUUCUCCUGAGAAAGUCACUUUAGCGGAUUUUAAAAAUGUCCUCAACAAUCGUCCGGUCAAUAGCUACAAAUUCUUUUUCAAAUCCAUGGACCAGGAUUUUGGGGUUGUCAAAGAGGAAAUUUCCGACGACAACGCCAAGUUACCCUGCUUCAACGGGAGAGUGGUGUCCUGGCUGGUCCUGGCAGAGAGCUCCCACUCUGAUGGGGGGUCCCAGUGUACAGAGAGCCACCCAGAGCUGCCACCCCCCCUGGAGAGGACAGGGGGCAUCGGUGACUCCCGGCCACCCUCCUUCCAUGCCAACGCAGUAAGCAGUCGGGAUGGCCUGGACACGGAGACGGGUACAGAGUCCCUCCUGAGCCACCGUAGGGAGAGGGAGAGAGAACGCGCACGGAGGAGAGCACGAGAGACUGAAAUCCCUCGAAUCAAUGGCCACUCUAAGUCGGAGCGCACAGCGAGGGACUCUGCCAUGGGCUGCGACAGCGCCUCAGUGAUGAGCAGUGAACUGGAGUCUAGCUCCUUCAUCGACAGUGAGGAGGAUGAUGACGGCAGCAGGGGAGCUGCCCUGCGGCUGACCCUGUGCUGCUCCCCAGUCGUACUCAGCAGCUCCACAGAGCAGAGCUCAUCCUCUCAGCUAAUGCGCAGACACAAACGCCGCAGACGGAGGCACAAAGUGGCCAAAAUAGACCGGUCUUCGUCCUUCAGCAGCAUCACAGAUUCCACUAUGAGCCUCAACAUCAUCACUGUCACACUCAACAUGGAGAAGUAUAACUUCCUGGGUAUCAGUAUUGUGGGGCAGAGUAAUGACCGGGGGGAUGGGGGGAUCUACAUCGGCUCCAUCAUGAAGGGAGGAGCUGUAGCUGCAGACGGAAGGAUAGAACCUGGAGACAUGCUCCUACAGGUGAACGAUGUGAACUUUGAGAACAUGAGCAACGAUGACGCUGUGAGGAUCCUGAGAGAGAUCGUCUCCAAAACAGGUCCUAUUAGUCUUACUGUGGCCAAGUGUUGGGACCCGUCUCCACGAAGCUAUUUCACCAUCCCCCGGGCUGAACCAGUGAGGCCCAUUGACCCUGCUGCCUGGAUCUCCCACACAACCGCCCUGUCCGGACCCUACCCACACUACGAAUUUGACGACUUGCCGCUAUCUGCGAGUAAGACGGACAUGGCAACCAUCGUCAAGGUGAUGCAGCUACCUGACUCUGGUCUGGAGAUCCGAGACAGGAUGUGGUUGAAGAUCACCAUCACCAACGCUGUCAUCGGUGCUGAUGUGGUGGACUGGCUCUACUCGAGGGUGGAGGGCUUCAAGGACAGGAGAGAUGCCAGGAAGUAUGCCAGCAGUCUGCUGAAACAUGGCUACCUGAGACAUACUGUCAACAAGAUCACCUUCUCUGAACAGUGCUACUACACCUUUGGAGACCUCUGCCAAAACAUGGCGUCUCUCAACCUGAAUGAGGGUUCCAGUGGAGGGGGCUCUGAGCAGGACACCCUGGCCCCCCUCCCUCCCCCUGCCACCAACCCAUGGCCCCUGGGGGGCCAGCCGUUCCCUUGUCCCCCCUUCCCCUCCGCACUGCCAGGCUUCCCACCAGGCUACUCAGACCCCUGCCAUAGUUUCCACAGUGGGAGUGCAGGCAGCCACAACAGUGAGGGAAGCAGAAGCAGUGGAUCCAACCCCAGCGCAGGGACAGGGACAGGGAAGGGCCCUGGCCGACACUCCUCCCCACAAGAGACGGGUCACAGGUCCACAUGCAGUGAAACCGAGCCACCGGGCAUCCGAGGGGCGAGGCGCCCUGGCGAUAGGUCCGCCAGCCAGCUGAGUCAUCACAGUCAUCACAGCAGCCACGCCCACUCAAGUCACAGCCACGCCCUCUCUGGUUUCAGCCACGCUCAGUCUCACAGGAGUCACUGUCACUCACAGAACAGCCACGCCCACAGCCACAUAUCCUUCACCUACAAACACGCCCCUUUCACCAAGCCUGGGCCCGGCUCGUGUGGCCACAGCGAGCGAAGCCACGCCUCCUCCUACGGCCCCCCCGGCUUGCCCCCCCCAUACUGCCUGGCCCGGCUGGCCCCUAAGACCGUCAGCAGCAGCACCCCUCCCGGGGCCCCCCCGGUACGGGAGCUAGGAGCCUUCCCCCCUGAGCUCACGGCCAGCCGCCAGUCCUUCCAGCACGCUAUGGGCAAUCCCUGCGAGUUCUUUGUUGACAUCAUGUGACAGACAGGACAGUGCCUUUUAAAAACUUGCUGAGCACAAACAAGCCCCCCGUCCAACCGCCUGACGCUCGUCCAUCCCACCUCGCCCUCUCUUCUAUACCCCAUUUGCGACUCACUAUUCCCGUGUUGAGAAUGUAUACACUGGUCCUCUCCCCUCCCUCUGCUGUCACAACGGUCCCUCGGAUGUCGGCGCAGGGGAAGACAGGAGACAAGAGCACAACAGAACUGAAGAGAGUCCUGCUAUUACAAACACACAGAGCCUCAGUGUCUGAUCAGAACCCCCAGCCAGCUCUUUCGUAUUGAUGUGACGUGUACAAUUUGUGAAAUUGAUGUGAGUGGUGUUCAAUGUGGUGAUCCUUGUGAGCUGCCACACAGUCCAGUCCUGAGAGCGUGUAGUCCUGAGAGCGUGUAGUCCUGAGAGCGUGUAGUCCUGAGAGUGUGUAGUUACUCAAUGUGGAGUACAAGCACCUGCUGUUUGUUGAACCAGACGUCCAGGCCAACUGACUGGGUCUGGAUCUCAAUCCCCCAGACCCACCCGGACCCAGAGCUCUGGAAGAGGGAAGCCUCACUGGAGGCUCUGGACUGGGCAAACCUCCUAGCAUGUCACCCUUUACACAAACUACUAUUUGGCCAAUCAUACCAAAACUCCUGCUCUAACUGACUGACAUGCUUUCUUAUUCGGUAUGCAGGGGGACCGUGACAUAUUCCAACUAGUCAAAGCUAGCCUCGGCCCAUUUGACAGCCCUUGUAUUUGUCCAACUAAGGGAGGCACUGUAACCAGUUGUUAGUUUAAACAAUAGGCUGCUUAUCUGCAUGACUAUCUCAACUGCUUUAAAAGGAAAAAACGUAUUCAUUUCGUUAAAUAUUCUACAUUUGGGAGUUGUGUCUCUCGCCAAAGGUCUAAAGGAAGAAUCCAUACACUGGAGAAUAUUUGUGAUGUUAUUUAUGUGAUCAUGAUGUUGCAUUGAUGGUCAGUGUCAUACCUUGUCUCUCUCUAUGGCUGACUGACACAUAGACAAUCAAUCAGACAUUAUUUCCCUCUGUGACUCAGUGGCCCGGAUAUGACCACUGUCCUAGCUGUGCUUUGUCGAAUGCAUAAUCAUUAUUGCAGUUAAUUGACUCCUGACCUCCACAACAGACUCAUGUUGUGAACACAUUAGAAUUUUUACUGUUUGCACGUACACUAUAUAUACAAAAGUAUGUGGAUACCCCUUCAAAUGAGUGGAUUCGGCUAUUUCAGCCACACCCGUUGC